ACUGCGUUGGUCUGAAACUAGCAAAGACACUUGCUUUGCGCUUGGCACCGUUUCGCGCCGGGUGUGAGAUGGGGCCCUUUGUGUGUAUUUAAUGUUCUUAUAUUACUGUAUUGUAUCUCUAUGUGAGCUAUGCACCAGCGAAAGACACCUUUCCAUUAUUGCCUGCAUUAAUGGACAAUAACGUUUUUGAAUCUUUGAAUCUGAAUCUGAAACACAUAGAAACAUGCCUGAUCUACGUCGCUUUGUACGUCGCUUUGGAUACAAGCGUCUGCCAAAUGAAUGUAAUGUAAUGUAAUGAUCUAGACUCUGUUAGUUUCGUCUAGGGUCUAUGGAUCACAUGAUGUGAGAUGAUCCUGCGUGGUUAGGACAGAUCUCUUCUAAUUUGUACAUAGUGUACUUUACAUGUGGUUUAACAGCCAGAUUCAAUAACAACAAGGGUUCAGGUUUAAUAUUUAAUCUGAUUUGAACCUAAUCUCUGGGUAAAGUAUUUUCACUCUGCUAUGCUAUACAGAGAGAGAAAAAACAAAAGCGCCACAGCACAGUUUUUUUUGUUUGUUAUAUAAGUAGCUUGCGAGUGUUACUCUGACAAGAAAAUCCGUCAAAAGUGCCGUGUCAAUUCAAAACCUUUCAACAUGCAGAUUAUUUUCACAGUUUUGGUAGGCUUGGUCAUUCUGUUGAUAUCUCUGCAUGUUUCCUUUCCAUAUUUUGUGCACGAUUGCCAGUAUAUUUUUACAAUUCUACGUAUAAGGGCACGGAGGCAGAAAUACCAAAAAAAUAACUACACCCUCCUGGACUGUUUUUUAGAUAGAGUGAAAAGUCAACCUGAAAAACCGUUUAUUGUAUUUGAGGGUAAAACAUACUCUUACCUGGACCUGGAUAAACAGAGCAACAAAGCCGCAAGAGCCUUAAAGACCCAUGCCUGUCUGAGGGAAGGGGACACUGUUGCACUUUUCUUAGGAAAUGAACCUUAUUUUGUGUCCAUAUGGCUGGGUCUGGCUAAGGUAGGCUGCGCUGCUGCGCUACUAAAUUACAACAUCAGGUCAAAAUCUUUGUUGCAUUGCUUUUCGUGCUGUGAGGCAAAGCUUCUCAUCGCCGCUGCAGAGCUGAAAGGUGCUGUUGAAGAGGUGCUACCAGCACUGCGGGAGCAGAACAUCUCUGUAUUCAUCCUCAGUGAAGAAUGUAACACACUGGGGAUUGAAACCCUCACUGAUAAAAUCAACUACGCUUCUGAUGAGCCGCUGUCACCAGACCUGCGGUCGAAUGUCACAAUGGGGAGCCCAGCAGUAUACAUCUACACCUCUGGCACAACAGGUCUUCCCAAAGCAGUUCCUUUGCCUCAGUACAAGGUCUGGGCAGCAACUUCUUUUCAAGCAAUCAUAGGAGUUACCUCUAAAGAUGUGAUCUAUGUCAAUCUUCCUCUAUACCAUUCUGCUGGAUUAUUAAUAGGAUUAACUGGAGCAAUUGAAAGAGGUAUAACAGUUGUUCUGAAGCGCAAAUUUUCAGCAUCUGAGUUCUGGGACGACUGCAGAAAGUACAAUGUUACAGUGAUACAGUACAUUGGUGAAAUAAUGCGCUACCUCUGCAACACUUCAAAGAGAAACAAUGACCGAGACCACAAAGUUAGACUGGCUAUUGGCAAUGGCAUUAGAGGUGAUGUUUGGAGAGAGUUUGGGAAUCGAUUCGGUAGCAUCAACAUUAAAGAGCUGUAUGCAGCCACAGAGGGAACCAUGUCUUUUUUGAACUAUGCUGGGAAAAUUGGCGCAGUUGGAAGAGUAAAUUUCUUCCAUGGGAAACUCUUUCCCUAUGCACUGAUUAAGUAUGACAUAGAAAGAGAUGAGCCUGUGAGGGACUCCCGUGGUCUGUGUGUUGAAGUUCCCAAAGGGGAAACAGGGUUGUUUGUUUCAAAGAUCACAACUUUUUCACCUUUUACUGGAUACACAAAUAAUCCCCAGCAAACGGAGAAGAAGCGCCUGCGUGAUGUAUUUCAGAAAGGGGACCAGUACUUCAACAGUGGAGACCUGCUGAGGAUCGAUCAGGACAAUUUCAUCUAUUUCCAGGACCGUGUUGGGGACACGUUCAGAUGGAAAGGGGAGAAUGUGGCCACAACUGAAGUGUCAGACGUCCUGACAAUGAUGGAUUUUAUCGAGGAGGCAAAUGUGUAUGGUGUUCAUGUGCCAGGCCAUGAGGGGAGGAUAGGAAUGGCUGCUGUAAUACUGAGGGAAGGGAGACAGUUUGACCGUUCCAGCAUGUUCAGCCAUGUCGUCAGCUACCUGCCAGCUUACGCCUGGCCACGCUUUGCAAGGAUUCAGAAUUCCUUGACGAUAACAGGAACGUUCAAGCAGAUUAAAGUCAAGUUAGUGCAAGAAGGCUUCAACCCAGCGUUGAUCCAAGACCCACUGUACAUUCUGGACAAAGAACAAAUGAGCUACAUUCAAAUGACGCAAGACAUUUACGAGUCUAUUGUUUCAGGAAACAUAAAGCUAUGAAUUUAGUUUUUUCUGGCAUUCAGAUUUUUUAAACAACUUAUAACUACAAAAAAUGACUUGUUCAACAAAAUGUAUUACCCUGAUCCAUCUUAUUAGUAUAAAAGCAUUUUUUUGUCGGUACAAUAAUGCUCAUUACCUGAAUUCUUAUUUUAUACAGCCUUUGUUCAUCUUUAUCAAGGGUGGAACUAAAUUUGAAUGACACAUCAGCUCAGUGUAACUUGCAUUGGUAUAAAUAAACCAAGCCAUUUGUUUUUUUCUUUCUUAUUUAUUCAUCAAGCUUAUUACUAUUCUUACCUGCACAAAUAAAAAUAAUGACUAGGCAAUUACAAGCUUGGCAUCUAACGUGAUAUUAAUGAGUUACACUUGAACUUAAGGGGUGUAAAGACUUUCAUAAAUGGCGUACUAAUGUUUUUAACACCGCCCUUGCCUUUCGCAGAGAAGUUGUUUUUGUUUUUCCUUAGGUUUCUGUGGUUUCCUCAAAGUGAAGGGGUCCUCAUUUAUCUGCAUACACACUAGUGGCAGAGAAGUGGUAUUGCAAGCCACAAAUCCAUCCCUCCAUCAUCUAUACCUGCUUAUCCUAGUAAGGGUCGCGGGGGGUGCUGGAGCCCGAUGCAGCGUGCAUUGCGCGUGAGGCAGGGAUACACCCUGGACAGGCUGCCAAUCUAUUGCAGGGCACACACUAUUCAAACCACAGAUAAUAGGCUUUAUUCUUUCGCUAAUUCAAAUAAGAGACUGCGUAUGUGUACAGCAGUUAGUGCAAGGAACAUAUAAAGGAGGUCUUUAAUCGACUGCAAUUUAUUUUACGUAAUAAGCAUACAGAGACAGGAUGGUCCGUACAAAUCUUAAGUUCAAUAGCAGCAGUGCUGUCCACUGUACAUGCGACAAAUGCUGAAUUAGAUUGUUUAACUUUAACCUCUUUUAUAAGUUUGUCUCCUGUUGUCAUUGUGGUAUCAGGUGCUCCCUGCUGAAGUCAUUUUACUAUUUUGAGGAUAUAAAAAUUAUUGUUUUCAUGUCUAUCUUGUAUGAACAUGGCAAUUUUGUUGACAAGCACAAGGUGACAUACAUAUUGUGCUCACUGUUACAACUCCACUUUUUUCUCCACAUUGGCUUGGUCUUUUUGCAUGGGAGGACAUAAAACUUAAAUGCAGUGUUCUUGGCUUUGUUAUUCGUGCAGCCUACCAUACAACGUUUUGGCAUUUUUAUAGUGGGGGCUAUUCUUGCACUGUCUCUAUGAUUCUAGCUGACCCCAACCCUUCCAUGUUGAAUGAGAAAUAAUUACGGAUAGAAAUAAAUACGUGAAGAAAUGUACAAAGGAUACAAUGUGCAAAGUGUCCUUUGGGAAUAAAAACAUGAAAUAAAUAAAAAGAGAUAUUAAAUAAUGAA